UUGUGUUUGAAAUUAUAUUAUUUAUAAAAACAGGAUAAAUGGGUGGAAAAGGUAAAGACGAACCUGCCGAAUCUAAGUUUAUUUACAUGAAAGUUGUUGGAGGAGAACCAGUCGCUGCUGCUACUCUUGCUCCAAAGUGCGGUCCUUUGGGAAUGCCACCAAAGAAGGUCGGAGAUGACAUUACUAAUGCCACCAAGGACUGGAAGUCAAUCAAGGUCCCAGUCGAAGUUGAGGUUGUCAACAGACAAAUCACCGUCCGUGUAUUGCCAUCAGCUUCAUCAUUGAUCCAGAAAGCUUUGGGAAAAGCCCCAAGAGUCAGGCCAAGAGACAAGGAGACUCACUACACUCAUGAAGGAAACCUCGACUUCGAAGCUAUUGUAGAUAUUGCCAAACAAUUGGAGCACAAGAGUAUGGCUAAGACUUUCGCUGGAACUGUCAAGCAGAUUCUCGGUACUUGCAACUCUAUUGGCAUCACUGUCGACGGACAUUCAGGAAAGGAUGCCCAAGCAUUGCUCGAAAAAGGUCAUUGGAAUUUGCCAAACUAAU